CAAGAAGGCCGGUAGUAAAACGAUUGAAGUGACCUCCCCUGAUAAAGAUGGCUGCCCCCAUAAGUUUGUUGAUGACAGAAAAUUUGCUGGCAACAAGAACUCAACUUUUUAAGGCUCUUCAGUUGCUUGUAACACCUUCAGCAACAAAACAAAGGCUUGAAGAUGGGGUCACCGAGGAACUCCUGGACAGUGUCCUACAAACAAACCUGGCCAUGCUUGCAGAAACUCUGGCUCAGUCAUCAGAGAUGAGACAGCAUCUAGGAACACACGUGUGUAACGUCAUUCAAGAAAACGCACAAAAUUCCGGGGAUGUUGCGGACAAUAAAACAAUCAGGCAAAGAUUUACAGCAACUUGCCUGCAAUUUCUCUCUACCUUGAAGAGCAACCUUGAGUCAGAAAGGUCUGCAUCUGAUGUCUCCCAUGCUUCUUCGGAUGAUACAGGGGGUAAAACUCCGUCUGGAAAAGGUAGAGGUUCCAGCCAGACCUGUCUUCCUCCGGGUUCGUUAAGCGUUGUACAGGAGAAAACAGUAAAUUCAGCCCUACAGUUCCUACUGGUAUUUGGUUUGAAUCCAUUCCUGAUGUCUGGUGUUGGAAUUCCUGUGUCUAAGCGCCUUGGGCCGGGUCAAAUUCUGUUGGCGUCCAUUCAUGACUACAAUGAAGAGCUGUCAGAUCUAGACAGAAUCAAGUGCCUGUUGCCUGUGGUUAUACUCUUAGAAGACCUUAUUUCUGAACCCUCCUUGAAAGAAAUAAUAAUUAACAACUACCUCGCAGAUAUGGUAGCAGCAGUGCUACAAAUUAGGCAUUGUGCAAAAGUUCUUUUGCAGAAAACAGGUAAUAGAAAUAACUCAGGUGAUGGAAACACAGAAAAAUGUUUAAAGGUGUGUCCAGCAAAGCCGUGUAGAGCAACAACACCAGCUGAUGGGUCUGCUUCAUUAGAACCUGUUUUGACUUCAAGUUCAAGAACUCACCUACAGCCCAGUAGUCUUUCAAGCGUUUCACAUUCCACUGCUUAUGAAAGUGCACAAAGGUCAGAGCAAAAACUGUCCUCUGAAGAAGUACCCUUGGGACUUCCUCUACUGGUGAGAGUGAAUGGGGAGGAAUGGGGUUUGCCCCGAGUGGUGGAGUUUUGUGGUGCUGAGAUUGACAGAACGGUGAAGUCUUCUCCCGUUGGCCAAGUGCUUCAGGUGCUUCUUAUGCUGUCUGGUGGACAGAAGUCAGGCCCAGCUGGUGGUGUGAAGUGUCCAGUCUGGUUCCGGCGGACAGUGGCGGGAAUCCUCCGCGACGUCAUCAUGGAACCACCAAAUGUCCAGCAUCUCUUGGUGUCAUUUGUCGGAGACCAAAGCCUGGACUCUGUGAGCACGCAGGAGUGGAGGAAGUGUGUGGCGGUCGCUCAGGUCAUAUCUCGUUGCCCGGUCACCCCUGCCAAUGUGGAGCGGUUUUACUCCUCGGUUUCUCAGCAAUUGGUGAAGGUGGUGAGGGCGGAGAUUAAGGGCAUCUCUCCACUGAUCCUGCGCGCCGUGGGGUUGACCGUGACCGAGCUACAUAAGCUGCAGCCUGAGCUGAUGUGUCGCGUCUGUUUUGUCCCGCUGUUGGCGCCGCUGGUCAAGUGCUCUCUCUCACCAGCAAAACAAUAUGGCAAAGACGGGGCAGUGGUUGUUACAGAGAAUGUUUUCACUUCGUGUGUCGGAUGUUUACACAGAAUCUACAUUGGUGGUCAAGAACCAGACAGUCCUGUGCUGGUCACACUACAGUCGGUGGUCGGUGUGCUGUUUGAUGUCUUUGUCCAGUCUAAGGACGGAGUCACACAGCUCAGACGGCUGAGCUUUGACCUGGUCCAGGCUUAUGUUGCCAGCCUUCCCAUGGAGGACGCGGUGACUUGUCUUCUCUCCGUGACCCAUGACCCUCGGGCCAGAGACACGACCUUGACAUACGCCGGCCUUCACAGGGACGUGUUGUUGACCCCGGGAGACACUGGAGGGUUGCAGGCCGUCUACAGCCCAGGCUUCAGGUUUACCGUGGACUCGCUGAACACCAGAGCGGAGGCUGUCAUGGACGUUGUGGCCGGCCCCGGGCUGGAGUCUGUCAGGUCUAGACUGUUUCUUCUCUUACUGGAGAAACUGACGCAGAUUGUAAGUGCCGAGACCGACAAUUCGGAUGUGAUCCUUCCCGCGAGAGUUAUCUCUCAAGAACACAAGCAAGCCAAACUGGCAGAGCUGACAGGCAAAAUCUCUAUGAUGACUCUGCUGGCCAUGUUGACGGAAAAAUACGGGGCUGAAGUCAUUCAGAGCUGCCAUCACAUACUGCUGUUUGCUAAAGCGACCCUGGAGAGAUGUGUUAAGAUCUGCGAGUCGACACGCGACGACCUGACCUCAGAGUUUGAGGCAGAGACAACCUGUAUGGCCAUGGGUCUACUGACAGCUGUGCUAUCUGGGGCUAUAGAGCUCCAGGAAAAGGAUAAGAGCCUCCUAGACGAGCUUCUCCCAUUGGUCACGUGUCUCAGCGAGCACCAGGGGGCGGAGCCAGCUGUCAGAGAAAUGGCGCAGGACCUCAAAGUGGGCGUGGCUACACGCGGUCUGGUCUCCAUGCAGCUGAGCAAGGAAGAAUCUGCUGUUAAAGACCGAAAUGAGACUCCAGCCUCAAGAACAAAUGAAGAGAAAAAACCUUUGAUUGAAGAACUGCUGUCAGAGACUGACACAGCUCAAGGAAGUGGACUGAAGGCACAGUCGUCCUUUGGUAAGGAGCUGACCCAGGCUUUUGAGGAGCUGAAUGACCCUCUGUUGCCAGUCAAAGGUCAUGGCCUGAUCCGUCUGGCGGGGAUGGUGGAGGGCAGACACCCAGAGGUCACGGACAGACAGGAGCUGUUGGUGAAGGUGUUUUUAGAACAUUUAGGCCACUCAGACUCAUACAUUUACCUGGCGGCUGUGAAUGGGUUGGCCGCACUUGCUGAUCUCUGUCCCGACCAGGUCAUCCCGCGGCUGUGCUCCGAGUUUAGGUCAAAGUGCAUGAUCUCUGAGGUCGCAUCCCCGGAGGUCACCCUCAAGACGGGAGAGGCUCUGGUCAAAGCUGUCCGGCGACUGGGUGAGUUGACCCUGGUGUAUCGUGAGCCUCUGCUGCCCACCAUGCUGUGUGGCUGUCGUCAUGACGACGCGCUGGUGCGGGCCAGCAGUCUGUCUGGUUUGGCGGACACGUGCAGGCUUCUGCGGUUUGCUGUCGGUCCUGUCCUGCAGGAGAUACUGACUUGCUGUCGGGAUGUGAUGGCGUCUGACCCUCACCCUGAACCUCGCAAAGCUGCCACCAUGACCUUGACCCUGCUGCUUCAAGGACUCGGAAAGGACUCUCUGCUGGCCCUGAGUGACGUGAUGCGGGAUGUGUACCGCGUGCUGAAGCACAGCCUGACCUCUGACCCCGACGAGCAGGUCAAGGUCCACGCCAACUUGGCCCUGGCAGAGCUGGAUGACAUCAUGCGGGAAGUUCUGUUUGCCCCACCCGAGCUCAGGAAGAAGAUCACCAUCCUGGGCUAUCAGUGACUCCAUUUUGUCGCACUCAAAUCUGCUUGAUGAAUUUUCCUUUCGUUUUGAACGGAUAACUGGCUCCGCUAGUGCCCCUCCCUCGUCUCCCCUCCUCAACCCAUUUUCUCCCCCCACCUUCUCCGCCCCUCCCUUUCUCCAUCCCCCCCCCCCCAAAGGCAACUACAAUGUUCUCUGUUCAAGUCUGUGUUGUUGACGAGUAUCGCAAAGACCUUAAUGUUUUGAACUCACAAACUCAUUUCUGCAUAUUUCUUGAAGUUGAAGACGGUCUACUACAAGAUGACGGUUACUGCUUUGGGUCUGUAGUAAAAAGGAGAGCAUUUUUUCUUUGACACUACAGUUGUUAAUUUCUCACGCCAUUGCUGAACAUGAGGUUCCAUUGUAUUUUGUCAUUUUAAAAAAUGAUUAUAAAUAAAUAAAUUAUACUUUAUUGAUCCUCGUAGGAAAAUUUAGGUUACAAUGGCAAACAUACAUACGCGAAUACAUAAUUAAACAUACAAGUGUACACAUACAAAGAAUACCAAACACCAAUAUUACAUUUUACACUUAUUCAGACAAUUUAACAACCAUGCCAUUGUUGGUCGCCACUGUGCAGGGCCCUGUGUUUUGUGUGUGUGCUGUUUUUGUCUUGUUGCUGCAGAAUAUCCAGGCAAAAUGUUAUAACCGUGUAAAAAAUAAACGUGAGUCAAAAUUGUAGA